CUUUUCCUGUGGCCUGGCUUAAAUGUAUAUCAUUAAAAUGCAGAGGUUUAUUGACUUACCAAAUAUAAAAAAAAUUAAAAUUAGGAAAAAAUAAUCAAAUGACAACCGAUGUUACUGCCAAUUCUGUAAUAUUUGAACAACGAUGUAAUGAAACCAACUCAGUUAACAUGUCGAAACCAACAGAUCUCCUGAGAAACUGGCAGGAUAUCCUGGAAGAACACAGGGUUUCACUGGUACAGGAGUUGGACCUUGAGAUAUUCAUCAACCAUCUGAGGAGUAACCGGGUGUUUACUCAAGAUGAGGGAGAGGAAUGCAAGAAUGUACAAAAGCACUCAACUACUCAACAGAGAAAUGGUCAGCUGUUGGACAUUCUAAGAAGAAAAGACGAACGAGGCUAUGACAUAUUCACAGAUAAACUACAAUACACAAAUCCAAACUUGUAUCAGAAAAUGACUGGGAAGGAGCCAAAGCCACCACCAGAUGAUGAGGAGCCUAGUGUAAGACCAGAUUCUAAACUCAUACAAGUCUGCAACAAUCUAACAACAAUGCUAAACAAAGAAAGAAAUGUCAGCAAGAGAGUCAAGACACAAUUCAGUGACUUGAGAAAUGAGGCUAAGAUAGCAGAAUAUGAAACAAAAAUUCUAAAGACUGAACUCGAAGCCAAGUGUAAGAGUCUGGAGCAAUAUAACACUGUGGUGGCAGAGAGAGAUCAACUGAAGGACCAGAUGGUAAAAUUGUUGCAAGAUUCUGUGAAGUUUGCCAAUGAGAAGGAAGAAUACAUGAGCAGAUGCUAUAUGUAUAUGAUGGAGCGUGAUAAGACCCUGGAUCAAAAUAGAGAAUUGCAAGCUGAGAUAGACACAUAUAACAAAGAACUGAGACAAGCAAAAGAUAAGCUGAGUCUACAGAGUAAACAGUCCACUAAGCUGACAGAUAAACUCCAGAUUCUUCACUCAAGUGAGGAAUAUGAGACACUUCACCAGGAAAACCUGCAACUUAAGACUGCAUUGGAGGCUAGAAAUGUCAAUGAAAGAUUUCUCAAAUGGAGUAAUGUAGACAAUUCUAUCAACACGAAGCUUGAGAUGGACUUAGAAAUCUUAAAGGAAAACUACAAUGAAGUACAAGAGCAAAAUGGGCAUUACGCAGAAAAGAUAUUCAACCUAAGACAAGAGUUGGCAGAUUUACAGCAUAAGUUGGAAAAGGCAUCUGAGGCUUUAGAAUUGAAAAAUCGUGAAGUCCACCGAUACAAAGAAGAGAUAGAUUUGUGUAAUCUUCGUAAAGAUGACUAUUACAAACAGUCACAGUUGCUCAAGUCUGAAAGAGAUGAGGCAAUUGCAAGACACUUGGACUGUCAAGAAAAAAAUCGCCAAGUUGUUGCAGACCGAGAUUGCUUAACAGAAAUCAAGUGGAAACUGUCAACAAAAUGUAACCAACUGCAGCAGAAACUAACUGAGGCAUUACAGCCUCCACCCUCACCAGCCAUCUCAUUGACUAAUGGAUGCUAUAGAGAUCUUGCUGACCUGCAAGAAGAGCCUUCGCUCUAUUUCAGUGAUUCAACAGUCUAUUUAGAUCCUCCAACAACACCAACUCGAGCAAGAGUUCAGCAAGUAAUAGAGUACAAGACUGCAUAUGAGAAGUCUCCUUUGAUAAAAGAUAAAGUUCCACACAUGACUGCUAAACCAUCUCGCUCAGCAGACCCAUUUGCUGACUUCAUGGAUAUCUCAAUGGAAGGUAACAUGAAUGAUGAUGAAUCCAGCAAUGUAUACAGUAACACCUAUACUCUUCCUUCAAACUGUUCACCUCAAAGACUCCUAAGCUAUGAAUCACCAUGUUCACCAAAUAAGAAAUACCAGACCCUACCCUCAACAUCAUCAUAUGGAAAUGUUAAUGCCAGCACUUACAGCUUACAGAGUGAGCCAAAAACUAUAGACCUGGAUAUGGGCAAUGGGGUAUACAGCAUGGAACGUUCAGACACUGUCACUGCCCAAACCUCAGGUUCAAGGAAAUACAAGUCUCCUGCUGGAUCAACAGAGGGUUCCUUUGCAGAUUUUGAUUCAUAUGGGGAUUCCUAUUCUGAUACAGAUAGCUCAGAGCCACCCCUCUACUCCAUAGCUAACCAUUUUUACUUUGAUGCUAACUAUGAUGGAGAGCUUGAGGAAGAGGAUAGUGGUAUUCCCCCACCACAAUCUGCCUCUAAUGGAGCCAAUGAUGAAUCCAACAUCAUUGUGGAGUACUAUGAGCGGGUCAGUCUACCUGUUAUGGCACAGCACAGAAAAAUAAUUGUGUCUCCAUCAAGGAAGACCAUUAAGACACAAGCAGCUAUAGUUGAGCCAAAAUGGUUGAAGGAAUCACUCACUGUAAUUGGUGGAAAUCUUAGUGGAAUAUUCAUACAUAAAAUGAUAACGCAUGAAAGUGGACUGAAGAUAGGAGAUCAAAUUGAGAGGAUUGCAUUUCCUCAACCUGGAGCUCCAACAGAGAUGAGCACAUACAAACUUACAACUGCUACACUGGAGGAAACCCAUAACAUCAUCAAACAAUGCUCUGCUCAAGCCAAUCUCAGUGUCAGAAGAAAUGAACAAGGAUAUAAAGACACGCUGAGUUUCAUUGCUGGUGGGAACACAGCUGACUGCUUCAUUGUCAGGGCUAACUAUAGUUUUGAACCCAGUGAGAGGGACCUGGCUAUGAACAUGUUGGGGGUUGAAUGUGGUAAUAUCUUCCUCAUCUUAGACAGCAUGCAUAAAGAUGGCACAUGCUGGAAAGCCGUUCAACUAGAUGUCAGCACUGGUUCUGCAAUGGAUUCUGGUCUCAUUCCUAACACAUCGUCGAGUCAACAGGAGCUGUACUCUCUGAGUGGGUUGUCAGGUCAAAUCAAUUCCAGCAGCACUUCAAAGCCUGCGUCUGCAUGCACCAAUGAGAAUGUUACCAUGGCUAGAAAACCCAAUAGCUUUCGAUUGGUUUCAAGACAAAUACCAGACCAGACAAAGAGAAGCAUCAAUCGUAGAAGCAAAUUACGAAAAGGUGUCAUUAAGAAAGCAAGCAAAUUGGCAAAUAUAGAGAGUAAGAAGACCAAUGAUAGUCCUUUAUUUAAAGCCCAUGCCUUUGAAUCGGAGUACCUCCCUUACAGCCGUGUUCUGCCUUAUAAAAGUUGUUUCAACUGUCCUGUGAUUAUCUUUGGACCAGAAGAGGUAGUAACAGCUGUUAAAUCAAGUCUUAUAUCAUCUGACUAUGCCAGUUGCUAUGUAUUUCCUACUUAUGAAAGCAUUGAGUGCUGUGCUAGUGAGCUUGCAAACAUGAUUCUGCAAAAGAGUGUCAUAUACUAUAAGUAUCACAAAGAGGUUGCCCGUUGUAUCAAGAAGGAGGGAAUUCUUGAAGCCAUGCAGCAGGGAUCACAUGUUUUGCUCCCAGGAAUCAAUGAGUGUGUUGGAAGACUUCACAAUGCCAACAUAAAUCCACUGGUUGUUGUUCUUAAACCGUCUUCCCCAAACCACAGUCUUACACUGCCCAAUAUGGAAGAGAUUAAAAAGCUGAAAGAAAGUUUUUACAGAUAUGAAACUAUUGAACUUGAAGGGUCAUCCAAUGAGUUGUCCAGCUGGUGUACAACUAUUGAUGCAGCCAUUUGCUCUUUGCAAAAACAGAUAAUCUGGCUCUCUGAACUUACUGGACAAAUAUAACUCUGCAG